AUGCAAGACCAGCUGCUCAAUCCCAGAAGUGCCUACGAAGUUCACUGUAGGAACUUGGCUCUGAAGAUUGAUGGUACAGAGCCUGCUAAGCACUACACAUGCUCAAAGAUGUUUUGCUCUACCAAAGCUCAGAAAAUGGAAGGUUUCCGUUUGGCAAGUAUGGUCAAGAAUUCAGUAUGCAGUUGCAGACGAGCAAUGGAUAAGGAAGUAUUUCUAGAAUACCAAGAGAAUGUCACAGAUGGAGAUGGGGUAUUCAUGAAGGGAACAAGAAGGUUUACGAUAACGGACAAUUUGCACAUCACACCCAGUUCUGUGUCACAUAGCCUUGCAAUGUUUCAGAAGCUCAGAUUGGAAAGUGGAAAUGGCAUUGAAGCACUGACUGUGACUGUUGAUGAGGAAGAGGUACUUCUAAAACUCAGCGCUUAA